GCGGGGCGGGCUCGGGCGCCCGGGCAACCUCCGAGCCGAUGGCGGGCAGCGACGCGGACGACCAGGGUCCUGUGCCGAGGGGCUGCGCGGCGCGGCGUCCGGGAGCCCCCGGAGGGCAGGGAGGCGAGGCUGCCGCCAGCCGCCGGGAGCCGCUGUCCACUGCUGAAGUGCCGGACGAGGGUGGUGAGCUGCCCGCCUGGAUGCGCCUCUACUUCUACGGGAUGCACGGGAUCACCCUGGACGUGCUCGUGUCCUCGGCGCGGCGCUUCGCUCGCAGCCCAGACCUCCGGAUGCUGGGCUUCUCCUCGCCUUACCGCUGCCUCCUGCACUCGCUCACCCAUUUCGCCCUGGAGAAGGUCUAUCUGCAGCAGCGGCGCUGCCCCAGCGCCUUCGUCUUCAAUUUCUUCCUCUACCCCUCGGCCCACGUGGGGCUGCAGACCCUGGCGGGCCAGGCGCGGCUGCUCAGCCUGGGCGGCCGGCCGGGGGGCGCAGCAGCUCUGGGGGCGCUGGAUUUGGCGCUGCAGUACAUGCUAGCGCUCUACCACUGCCAAGUGUUCCUGAAGCGUUUCCUGCGCUUGCGGUACCAGGGGCAGCAAAGGCAGCAACAGCCGCGGGAUGCUCCUCCCGCCCCUCCAGGCACCCGGGCCCCUCAGGCAGCUACUGGCCGGCAGCUGCGACCUCGAGGCCCCAGGGGCGCCGGGGCAGCUCCCAGCCAGGGACUGCCGGACCUGCUCCGAUUUCUUUUCUUCGGGAUGCACGGCUUUUUGGAUGAGAUCUUCUUCACCUUCUUCUUUAACCUGCUGGGGCAGGGAGACGGGACGACCAGCGGUCACACGUCGCUUUGGUCCUUCUUUAUGUAUGGCAGCUGCAGCUUCGUGGUAGAAAAGCUCUACUUCCACCUGCACUACAGUCGCGGCUGGGGCACCUGGAAGCGAGUGCCCUUCUACGUGAUCUUCAUUUACGCGUGGGAGUUGUCCUGGGGUCUGGGACUCCGCACUUGGGGCGCUUGUUCCUGGGACUAUUCUCACUAUCCGCUCAAUUUCAUGGGCCUUAUCACCCUGAUGUAUUUACCUGGUUGGAUAUUCCUUAGUGUGUACCAGGACCUGCUUUCCAACGUGUUGUGGCGGGUGCAGUAUAUACCAACUAACUAAGAAACAAACAAAAAAAAAAAAAAAAAAAAAAAAAAAAAAAAAAAGAGAGAGAGAGAGAGAGAGAAAGAGAAAGAAAAGGUCCCUCAAUUCCGAUGAAUGAAUGCGAUUUAUUUCUACACAUUUAAAACGGAGUGGCUUGGUUUCUUUUCUUCUUUAGCCUUUUAAUUUUUAUACAUUUUACUAAACUUUUCCAACUUGUUUAGUUUUUCUAUUAGGAACCUAUGCGUAAUACUACAAUACUUUGAAAUAUUGCUGGAAACGCAACUCAGAGUACUUAUUUCGUCAGUAUUUUAAAACCCUCACUAGCCCAAAUAGCAAAACCAUCAUACCUUAACAUCAGAAAGCUGUGGUACUCAUUUAUUUGGGUGUAGGUGAGCGAUAGCUACUAUUUUUUUUUUUUUAAGAGACCAGUCAUUCAUGUCAGAGACCAGUAAUUUUUACAAGAUUUGGCAAAAUGUUCUGAUUUAAUGAUUAGUUUACUUAAUUUUAACCCAAGGUCAUUUUAAUUCCUUGCCAUAUUUACCAAUGAAUGAUUAAACUCAGUGUCACAUAUUCCUGAAACUACAGUUAAUAGCUCUUAAAGUGCCUCCGUCUAGCACACAAGGAAAAAAAAAAAACAACUGACAAAUUUGAAAACACAUCCUGUGAAUCAAUUUUUAGAUGAGAAAUCUUUUCUAGCAACUCAGACAGGUAACACUGUGUUAAGAUAUUUCAACUCCAUCCUGGAAAUGAUUGCUUUCCAAUGUGGGUUAGCCUUAAAUGCCAAAUGUGUUACCUUUAAUCAGAUUCUCUGUUAUCUUUGGCUGUAAAUUUUUGUUUCUGUGUAAUAAUGUAAAGUGUUUACCUUACAUGUACAAGGGCAAAGCAAAAUUCUAUCACCUUCAAUAGUGUUCUAACCAUACUGUCUCUGCUACAUGGAGCUUCAAGAGUGGAAAUAGUUCCAUGGAAUAAAAUGAACUGUAAUACUCAUC